CAACAACAUGCUCGAGAUAGCCGGUUCUCGUAACAAAUAUAAGAGCUGCGUAGAAGCUAAGAAGUCGUCCAAGAAUUCAGGUUAUUCAUUGAAAUCUAGAACGUAUCUGGUCAAGUUGAUCGACUAUGAAGAGGGUGCAAAAUAGCAUCGCUUGCUAAAAGCCCAUAAAACUAACUAAAGGCGUACGGAAAAUUUUUUGAUCUUGCAUGAACUCCGCUCAACAGAAGUUUCGGCUACAAAUACAGACCCCGCGUCAUUCCAGUAACCAGAAAUCAAAAAUAGCAUAGGAAAUGUACCGAAUGUGAGAAGUACUGAAAAUUUGUAGCUCAACUGGAAGCACAGAACAAAGAAAAGAAAAAAGUCCCUCCACGUUACAUUUCCUAUUCGGGCCAAUAUUGGGGGAUACAGACUGAGUUUUUCCGGUGCCCCCACUCUAUGCAUACCCACAGAAGGUCUUUCCACAGUUUUUCCCUGGAUCGACACAGUCAGAAUGUGCAAAACGAACAGGAUCUACACGAAAACUGGGGGAACGUUCUGCGGCUGAAGAAAGCCUCACCUGUUGCACAUAGACUCUACAUAAAGCAACACGGAAGUAUCGCUGUCUAUUAAUGUUAAUUAAUAAUCAACCCUUUAGUGCAUCUAAUUUUUCAAGUUUAUUCCGUAUAUAAACUCUGGUUCCGCAACAGAAAAAUUUCAUCUCCACAAUUUCUAACCCCUAUAAACUCUUUCUAUAGCAAUUACACUAUCAAUUGACUAAUACCACUAUGACUGCUCCAUUGAACAUCGCCGUUGUCGGUACCGGUAUUUUUGCCACAGACAACCACUUGCCAACCAUUCAGAGUAUUCCUAACUUGAAGGUUACAGCAGCCUACAACAGAACAAAGGCCAAGGCUGAGAAAUUCGCAGAAAAGGCUGGCAUCGACAAGAGCAAUGUCUACGACACCUUGGAAGAAGUUUUUGAAGACGACAAGACCGACUUCGUGGACGCCUUGUUGCCUGUCCAGUUCAACUUGGACGCUGUCAAGCUUGCCAUCAAACACAACAAGCCCAUUGCAUUUGAGAAGCCAAUCGCUGCCAAUUUGGCCCAGGCUAAAGAAAUCGUCAAGUUGUCCGAAUCUACAGACUUGCCAAUUCUUGUUUUGGAAAACUGGGCUUACUUGAAGGCUGUAUCUGUUCUUAAGGACGAAAUCUUGCCUAAGAUCGGUGAAGUUCUUUCUUUCACCUACAGAGCUACCGGCCCAUGGAAUGAUGUUAAUAAGUACUUAGCUACUUCUUGGAGACAACAUCCAGAACAUGUAGGAGGCUUCUUGUCUGACGGUGGUGUUCACCAGUUGGCUUUAUUAACUGAGGUCUUGGGUCCUGUUGAAUCGGUUUCGGCUUUGACCAGACAAGUCCACGAAGAGUCUGGUGACGACGAUGUUCUCUUCUCCACCUUUAAGUUGACUAGUGGAGCUAUCGGAACUUUCACCUACGGUUCUGCUUUCGGUGCUACUGACAAGUCUACCUCAUUUACUAUCUACGGAACCAAUGGUUCUAUCGUCUACGACUGGUCUCCAGCCUUGAAGACCCCUACUAUCACAUACCAGGUUGGUCCUUCUGCUGAAAGAUCCGAAGGUAAGACGGUUAUUGAGAUCGAAAACGGCAACACUAUCGCUGAAGAGUUCAAGAACUUUGCUGCUGCUGUUUCUGCUAAGGACAAGUCGUUGGUCAACGUCACUCCAGCCAAGGCUUUCCACCACUUUGCUAUCGUCGUCGCUGCCAUUGAGUCGUCCAAGAAGAACGGUGACUCUGUCAAGGUUGAAUUACCAUGAUAAAGAUAUAUCGUUAUAAAAAGUAAAAUCAAAAAGGCUUAAAAAGCCAUUUACUACCAAAACCAAUAUCAUAAAUAUAUUGAAAUGAUGCAUUAUG